AUGUUCCGUGCUUGUAUGCAGAAAGUGCUGGGCACAGUGUCGGACGGGCAUGUCGGUGCCGGCGUGCUUUCCGCGACGUCGUUCGGGUGGGUAGCGAAACAGAUCGACCAUCUGACAGGCGAGAAGGGUCGUAGUGGGGUGAGCAUCGAGAGCGUCGGGAUGAAGGGGCUGAAGGCUUUGCGCGACAGCAUGGACAAUCCGGAGGGUCGUGUCGCGUAUGCACGGGCGUUAGCGGUCUCCGCCUUGGCCGAACACGUAGAUUCGGUGGUGGGCGAUGCGAAGAAGGGGUUGGAAGAGUACGUCUCGAAUCACCUUGCCUCCGCGCAGGUCAACAUCGCCACCGCUGUGACCGCCAGGCUCGCCGUGCCGCCGCCGCCACCGCCUCAUCCCACGCCGCCCGCCAUCCCGGAAGAGCUUUUGAAGUCGUUCAAGGCCGACAUCAUGAAGGCGGUGACGGAGGCCACCCAGCAGUCUUUCGUUGCUUCUGGGAUGAAGAUGAUGACAGAGAUGAUCGGCACUGUGGCGCCAGGUCGACGUGGGUCGUCGCCUUCGGCCAAUGACGCCGAUAACGCGCAAAGGAAAACGGCCGAGAAGCAGGGCCAUAAGAGGACGGGCGACGGAGACGACAAGGAGAGCUCGAAGCGGAGCAAGGGAGCGGACGGUAGCCGCGGGUCGAAGCCUGCGCAACAGAGCGUGGUCGACCAGCUGAAGACGAAGGCGGGGUGGAAGGUGGUAAGGACGUCGCACAGCAAGGGAGGCGGAAGCGGGGGAGCAGAGGGUGGCCCUGCCGACGGGGUUGCCGCUAACGUAGCUGCUCCGACUGGCCCGCCUUUGGUCGCCGAGCAGACCCAUCCUCAGGCGAGCGGUGGGAAAGGCGUGACCGACAAGGAGGUGCCAACUGCUCAGGCGGCGAAUGAUGGCGACUCCGGAACCACCAAGGGACCGUCCGUCGCGGCGGCGGCCAAGCCUGCUUCUGCUACGGUUGCCGGCACCACCAAGUCGAGUCCCCGUAACCCCCUUGCGGCUACCAGCGCGCCUGCCGGCCAGUCAGGUGCGAACAAAGAUGGGGAGGCUGCUCCAGCUCCAGCAGCCCCGGCCGCCGCCAAGGGCGUCGCGAAGGCUGCUUCGGCUAAGGGUGAUGCCGUGGCAUCAGCUAAGGCCCCCCCCGGUGGUACCGCGCUCAGGGAGAUGCUCCGCCGCAUGGAGGCACAUAGCAGGGACGUGCAGCAGCAUCCCGUGGUCGACGCCGGCCUUCCUGGAACAGCACGUCGCUCCGUCACUACGCAGGUUGCCGGCAAGUCGUCCGGUGCCCCACCUGCCGCGCCUCCGGUGGCCGCCCCACCGCCUGCGGACCCCAAGUCUGCUUUUCUUCGCGCACAUUUAGGCGCACGCAAAGCGGCUGCUCCGUCAGUGACCCAGCCGGAACUCGGCAAAAGCGCGAUGCCGACGUCGGUAAACGCGACCGCACCCACACCAGGUGCAUCUGUGGUCGAUGUGGCGGCGGAGAAGGGAGUGAGUGCAGCGCUCGCCACCGGCGGCCGCGCAGACAAGCAUGCUGACCUCGCUGUCGUCAUGGCCCAUUUUGAGGCAGCAAAGCGCCCCGAGCACGCCCCUGUUAUGGCCAUCAUGGACACGGCGCGCAUGUGGUGCCGUCGGCGACCCACGGAGGGGCUGGCGAAGAAGAAGGAGAAGGCGGAGGAGGAGGACGAGGAGGGCGGCGAGGGAGAUAAAGAGCAUGGACGCAGGGGUCAUGGCAUCCGCCGAGACAAGGCUAGUGAUGGGCAAGGGUGGGUGGGCGAGAUUAAGGUAAACGGACAGAAUCGGUACAUCGGCAAGUCGAGGGAGAAGAUGGAGCUGGCCUACGAGCACGCGAUUGCGUUCGUCGUCUACGACGGCUACGUGAGCAAGGUGCUCAUGAAGGAGCUCACCGUCUUGAAGCCGGGGGAGUUGGAUAAAUGGAAGGAGGUGUGGGCGGAGGUCAAGUUCUUGCCGACUGGGAUGUGGACGGUGAUGUGGGCAAGAGGCUUGUGCCAUCCGAGAGCACGGUUCGACGACAUACUCGGCAGGUACCGUGGGUACGCGAGUUCGGGUGAUGCGCUUCAUGACGUGCUCUGGCUGGCGAUCUGGUUCCCCAUCAUCGAGGACACGGAGGAAGGCAAGGAAGAGACGGACGCUCUCAUGUCGGCGAUGGUAAAUCGCGUGUCGAUGUGCGCGGCGUAUGGGAAGGUCGCGGCGAGCGCGGCGUUUGGGAAGGUCGAUGCGAGCGUGGAGGGGAAGGCGGACGAGAAGACGGAGAUGGGGGCCCAGGCGUUAGCGGCAUCGGCAUGCGCCAUCUGGUGCUUCUUGGAGACGGGGGCGUCGGUGCUCGGUGCUGUGGGCGAAGGGAAGGCGGCGGCGAUGGUGGCAGGUGCGGGGGAGGCGAGGGCCGAGGACUUCAAGUAG